AUGUCCAAGGCCACUAUCGCGGCCAUCGCGGCCGCCAGUGCCGCCACCGGCGCCGGUCUGACAGCCCUGCUGUAUUCCUCCCCCCGGCCCCAGACACAACAACCACCACAAAAACCGGCCCCUGGGACCCCUACCCAGCCUCUCCCCCCGACAAAGCCCCUCUCCGCCCAACCUCCGACGCCCUCUCUCGCCCCGAAACCCGCCAGCGGCCCCGUCGACCCAGCCGGCAUCUACCAAUACGGCUUCCCGGGCCCCGUCGCCGACGCGCUGAACUCGCUGCCCCUGACGGGCGCCUACGACCGCCGCACGCGCAACCCCGCCUGGGUCGCCGAACACAUCACCCCGGCCUCGCUCGCCCUCAAAGAAGCCGACCGCAAGCACAGCACCUUCUACGAGGACGCGACGAUCCCGGCCGCCUUCCGCGCCAAGCUGUCGGACUAUUUCCGCUCCGGCUACGACCGCGGCCACCAGGUGCCCGCCGCCGACGCCAAGUGGGCGCAGCAGGCCAUGGACGAGACCUUCGCGCUCACCAACAUGUGUCCGCAGGUUGGCGAGGGCUUCAACCGCGACUACUGGGCGCACUUUGAGGAGUUCUGCCGCGGGCUCACCAAGAAGUACCCGUCUGUGCGGAUCGUCACCGGCCCGCUGUAUCUGCCGCACCGCGACCCGGAUGGAAAGUGGCGUGUUUCGUAUGAGGUGAUCGGGACGCCGCCGAAUGUCGCUGUGCCGACGCAUUUCUACAAGGUUAUCUAUGCGGAGGAGGGGCCCGCGUCGCCGGCUGGGAAGGUCGCGCUGGGCGCGUUUGUCCUGCCGAAUGCGCGCAUCCCAAAUGAUAAGCGGCUCGCGGAGUUUGAGGUGCCGGUUGAGGUGGUCGAGCGCGCGAGUGGGUUGGAGUUUGUGGCGAAGCUGGAGGCGAGUCGGCGCAAGCGGUUGUGUCAGGAGAUCAAGUGUGAGGUUGUUGUGCGCGAGUUCAACAAUGCGGCGAAGCGGUCGUAA